UCCCAAAAAUAUUGCGAGCAAGCAUGGCCGCUUGUUGUUUUGUUUCUUGUAGGAAGUAGUCAGACACGAUGUGCUCGCAUUCACGGAUCCUACUGAGGUGCUUGUCGCGCGCGUUAAACAAUCAAACAAAACAUUUUCAUUCAAGAUGGAGAGGAAGACAUCAUUUCUUGAGUUUUUCACGAAACCUCUCAAAUGUUUACGUCAGCCCAAGGUCACGGGUGCCGAAAUUAUUGCAUCUUGGACAGAGAAAUGUCGGCCUUUGGAGCAGCAGUGAGCCAAGUGAUUGGAAUAAAGCUGUUUCUAAUGCUGAAAAGAUCGUUGGCUAUCCCACAUCUUUCAUGAGCCUCAGGUGUUUGCUCAGUGAUGAAAUUUCUAACGUAGUUCUUCACAUGAGGAAACUUGUAGGAACACAACAUCCAUUACUGCGAACAGCAAGAGGCCUGGUGUAUGAUGGAAAACAUGGCUUGCAGACCCGGGGGCUGAUCGUCUUGCUGCUGUCAAAGGCUGCAGGUCCAGGGCCAAAGUUAGAGGGAGAAAUACUAGAGAAGGACAAAAUCACAGGGAUAUGUCCACGGCAAAGGUCACUUGCAGAGGUCACAGAAAUGAUCCAUACAGCCAACCUCAUUCACAAAGGAGUUGUCAACCUUUCCGACCUUGACCCAGUUCUUGAUGGGCCAGUCAAGGACAUGGAGUUUGGAAACAAGAUGGCUGUCCUAAGUGGAGACUUCCUGUUGGCCAAUGCCUCAACAGGAUUGGCGGAGUUAAAAAACACAAAGGUGGUUGAAACCAUGUCAAGUGCAAUCGGGGACCUAAUGGAGGCUGAGUUUACAGGACUUCAGGACAGGAGAGGCAAUCCAGUUUUACUGUCCUCUGUCACAUUCUCUGAUUGGCUGAAACAAACAUUCCUGUCGUCUGGCAGCCUGUUGGCCAAGAGCUGCAAGUCGUCCAUGGAGCUAGUGAAACAUAGUGACCACAUUCAGGAACAAGCGUUUGAAUUUGGGUGUAACAUGGCGUACGUUCAACAGCUCAAUGAAGACAUGGCACCAUUCCUUAACCCGGAGGAAUUCCUUGAUCAACUGACAAUAGUGUCGGCUCCAGUGAUGAAGUAUGCAGAGACUUAUGGAGUUGCCUCCCUUGACACAUUCGCCUCUCCUCUCAGCUCCUCCGACAAGAAGCAGAUAGUGUCUUUGAUCAAGUCCUCCCCGGUGUUGAACGAAUGCCUCGCGUUGUGUGAAGAAUAUGGUCAAAAAGCGAUCCAAGCAUUAGAUGUUUUCCCCCAUUCUGAUGCCAAGAAGGCUCUGGUUAAUAUCGUAGAGGCAGUCAUGAAAUAAGUCUGAUGCUGGGAGUAGCAUCCUCAGGUCAUUGAGUGUCUGUCACAUUAUCCUUUGGCAAGAUGAUUGUGAACAUUGUUCAACAUGGAGACAAAUGUGAUCUUUCUUAAAUCAGGUUCACUAGACAUGACUACAUGUUUCUUUCAGUGGCAUUUAGAAGUUGGUGUGAUGAAGUAAGACGAGUUCUAUGGAUGAACAACUUCUUCAUUACAAUUAGUGCUACGUUUCGGUGUCGAUCCUAACACCUUUAUC